GCCAUGGCGAGCGUCUUUGAUCCAGCAACGGGAAUUUACUCCAGCUGCCGCCCCGCAUUGUCGAUGCCAUCGCCCGGUGCCACAGGAGGAAUCGUCCAGUUCUUGCUGGAGCGCACCAGCGAUCCAGGGAUUUCGAGCAAGCUGGCGCUAGUCGACGCGAUCACGGGCGAGAGGGUGACAUUCUCGCAGCUCCGGCGCAGGAUCUCCGUGAUUGCGCAGGGAUUGAUCGAGCUGGGGGUCCGCCGGGGCGACGUCGUGCUCAUCCUGAGCCCGAAUUCCAUCCAGUUCGUGGAAUCCUUCCUCGCGGUGAUAUUCGUCGGCGCGAUCCUCACGACGGUGAAUCCUCUCAACACCGCGGAAGAAAUCGCCAAGCAGGCCAGGGAUUCCUCCCCUAGCCUCGUCAUCACGACGCUGGAGCUCGCGGACAAGGUCCAGCGUCUCGAUCUUCCCAGCGUCAUCAUCGAUCAUCGCGAUGGCUCGGUUCUUCCUCCAAGAUCCAUUCCCUACUCGUCGCUGCUGCGAGAAUCGCCGAUAUUUCGAGCCGGAUCAUCGAUGUCGGCGCCGAUCGAGUCGAAUCUCGAUGACACAGUGGCGCUCCUCUACUCCUCUGGCACGACUGGCGUGAGCAAGGGCGUGAUGCUGUCGCACAGGAACUUCCUCGCGGCGGCCGGGCAAGUGAACAUGGAUGCCGAGAUGGAGGGCCGGGAGAACGAUGUCCUGCUCGUCAUGCUGCCACUCUUCCACAUCUUUGGCCUCGCCGUGAGCUACGCGUCACUCCAGAGGUCCGAGACGGUGGUGAUCCUGCCAAGGUUUGAGUUCCUCCAUUUCCUCAAGAGCAUCCAGGAUUUUAGGGUUACGCAGCUCCCGCUCGUCCCGCCAGUGGCGAUCGCGCUCGCCAAGCAUGCCGCGGUCGCCGAUUACGACCUCUCCUCCAUCAAGAAUGUCAUCUCUGGCGCUGCGCCUCUGGGCAAGGAGAUCAUGGAGACGUGCUCUCGCCGCCUCCCUCUCGCGGAUAUCCGACAGGGCUAUGGCCUGACUGAAUCGACUGGAUUGGCACUGCUCACACUUCCUAGAGAAGAUCCACGAUUCAUGGGCGCAGCUGGGACUUUGGUAUCUGGAACCGAGGCCAUGGUGGUGGAUCCGGAGACAUGCAAGCCUGUCCCUCCUCAAAAAUCUGGAGAACUUUGGCUGAGGGGUCAACAAAUCAUGAAAGGCUAUUUAAACAAUCCAACAGCGACAGCCUCGACGAUUGACAAGAAUGGGUGGCUCCACACCGGAGACCUCGUCUACGUCAAUCAAGGACGGUUCUUUGUCCUGGACAGGAUGAAAGAGCUCAUCAAGUACAAGGGAUUCCAAGUCGCCCCGGCUGAAUUGGAAGCAUUGCUACUGUCUCAUCCUUCGCUCCUGGACGCUGCAGUAGUCCCUCUCGCAGACGAAGAGGCGGGUCAAGUGCCAAUAGCAUAUGUCGUGAAGAAACCCAACGCCACCGUGGAUGAAUCCAACGUCCUAAACUUCAUUGCCAAACAAGUAGCUCCCUACAAGCGAUUGAGACGCGUUUCUUUCAUCGACGCGAUCCCAAAGUCAGCAGCGGGGAAGAUUUUGCGUCGCGAGCUAACAGCGCUCCCACAAUCCAAGCUUUAAGACACAAAAAAACGCGAAAAAGGAGGUACGCCGUUUCGUUAGUUAGGGCGACGCGAAGAAAGUAUGUCCAAGGUGAGGGUGAGCGUUUUCCUGGCGAGCGGACACCACAAGCUCCACAAGUUCAAGCCCCCCGGUGCGAUGCGAGCUCGUUGUCUCGCGCCUCGAUAAGCUCUAAGGCGUGGGGGAUUUGUGCGACGAGGAUGGCGAUUCCAUCGUCGACACUGCCGAGUUGGGCAUUUAUUACCCCUACACUGUGGUGCAGGCGCUCAUACACGAGAUCCUGGAUAAAGGCUGCUGCUUCUACGACCACUGACCUAUAAAACCAAACAAAGCGCGCGCGGGAAAUCGCUUCGAGAUUUUAAACAAAAGUUUAAAACUUUGAAUUUGAAGGUGUUUGGCGCGCUUGGAUAAAUAAAAGUAUAUUCUCUAGUGUUA